AUGGGCGACUCUUUCAUCAUAGCCAUAGACUUUGGCACGACCUACAGUGGAUAUGCUUUCAGUAUAACUGACAGCAUAAAAGAAAUUGAGCCACAUGUGAAAUAUUGGGGUGACGAAGUUGGACUGGAAACCGUAAAGACUCCUACCUGCAUUCUGUUUGAUGAAAAUGAACAAUUUAUCAGCUUUGGCUAUCCAGCUAAAGACUCCUAUAUUUUAAAGAAGAGCAAAGAAGCCAGACAGAUGUUCUUCUUUGACUGCUUCAAGAUGUCCCUCUAUGGCAAAAAAUUUAACAUGGAUCUGAAGAUUAAAGCAGCAAACGGAAAGUCAAUGAAUGCACUGAAGGUUUUUACAGAAGCUCUAAGGUUCCUGAAGGAAGAUGCACUGAAAACCAUCAGUAACAUUACAGAGAAAAAGUUUAUCGCGUCUGACUUCACCUGGGUACUGACUGUUCCUGCCAUCUGGGAUCACUCAGCUAAACAGUUCAUGAGAGAAGCUGCAACUCAGGCGGGUAUUGUAUCCAGAGGUACUGAAGAAAAGCUGGUGAUUGCGCUGGAACCAGAAGCAGCUUCAGUUUUUUGUAAAAGGCUGCCAGCUGAGGGCUUCAUUGCAGAAAACCAGGACGAAAACAAACUAGCUCAAUCCCCUGGAACUCAGUACAUUGUUGUUGACUGUGGAGGAGGAACUAUUGACAUCACUGUUCAUGAAAUCAUGGAAGGAGGAGCACUGAAGGAGCUGCUCAAAGCAUCUGGAAAUGACCUCGGAGGACAAACUGUGGACAAGAAAUUUAAAAAGUUCCUCAGAGAAAUAUUCUCUGAUGGUGUCUGGGAUGAAUAUGAAAGAAAAUUUCCCAGUGAGGUUCAGAAAAUGAUGUAUGAUUUCACACUUUUCAAAAAACAAGAUGAUGAUGCAGAGAUUGAUUGUCCAUAUAACCUUGGAAAGGUUGCUCAGGAAAAGAAAGCAAUGGGGGAAUACUUUAAAGGAGUGGAAGGAGCCUCCUGGGAUGAAGGGUCUAUUGUCAUCUCUAAGCAAAAACUGAGAGAUUUGUUUGCUGAGAGCUUAAAUGGCAUCACUGAGAGACUCAAAGAAAUAUUCUCCAAAGGUCUAAGUAUUAAUUAUAUUUUAUUAGUGGGGGGCUACGCUGAAAGCCAGAUUCUACGGAGACGCAUCACUGAAGAAUUUGUUGAUUACUGUAUAGUUCUGUGUCCAUAUAGGCCUCAAGAAGCAAUCAUGAAAGGAGCUGUACAGUUUGGAAGAAACCCUGCUGCAGUGGCAUCUAGAAAAAGUGCCUUUACAUAUGGAGUUUGUAUUACUGAAAUAUUCGAUCAACUAAAGCACAAGGAAGAGAAAAAAAUUAUAAAUGAAGAGGGUGAAUGGUGUGAUGGUAUCUUCAUGACACUGGUGACAGCUGAUGAUGAUGUUGGUUGGGAUGAAAUUAAAACAGAGAUUCUGUAUCCAACUGAAUCAGAUCAGACACUGGCAAACUUUACCUUUUAUCACACAGAGAAAAAGCAAGUAACAUACGUUGAUGAGGAGGGAGUGGAAGAAAUUGGCUCAUUUGAUGUUCAGUUGCCUAAAACAACCCUUGGAAGGAAUCGUGAGAUCGAACUGAAAGUCAAGUUUGGCUUCACAGAAAUGACAGCAACAGCCACUGACAAAGAGACAGGCUCAACACUAACAGUCAAGUUAAACUUCAUGACAAAAUCAUAA